GAACGAACGCGCUUCCAGAAACACCCCCCCGAUCCAUUGGCCCACGACAGAGCGCGUGCACACUAUACAACUGUGGUACCAACCCACCACCAGUCCCAAACUAUACCUACUCAUUCUAGCUCCACUGCGACGACGACCACCACCGACGACGCGACCGCGAUCUCGCGUGUCGCUGUUUGCAACGAGUCUGCUUUGCGACAAAACAUUCCCCCCACUAGGAGGUACUGACCACGCAUCAGUCAGUCCUGAGACAGCCCGACGUCUCUGCUGCAAAGCCUUCACCACACAUUGCGGUCCACCAAUCUGCGCUGCGAACAUGGCAUAGUACCCAUCGGCUUGGAGCACUGCACGCCAGCACAACAUGGCCUACGACCAGAACUCGGCCUAUGAGCCUCCGCGCAGACCCUACCAGGCUCGCCCACAGCCUCCGCCAGCGCCUGUAUCGCAUGGCUAUAACCAGUAUAGCGACUACGCAAGCACACCCUUCGACCAGCGCCAAGCGCAAUACGAUCAAACCAGCUACCCACAGGAACCGCUGCAGAACGGUGGCUACAACCAACACUAUCAGCGCGGCAUUGACCAGGGUUACGGUAGUGGCUAUGAGCAGGCACGAAGUAGGCCGCCGCCGCCGCCGCAGCAGCAGCAGCACGAGAAUCAAUACCGGCAAGAGCAUUAUGGCGAGCAGCAAGACUAUGGGAAUGGGGACAGGUCGUAUGAUGCUCGAUAUCAACCAAGAGCGCAACAGCAGAGAGCACCACCAGGACAGCAGCGAGGUCCUGCGCCCAAUGGCAGACCUAUGCAUGGAGAUCCGACAAGCCAGCAGCCUCAAUGGGAGCAGUACGACCAGCGCCCUGCACAGGAUCAGUAUGCCCCCCAGCUGCCGGGUGGCUACUCCAAUGGCUACAGCAAUGAUGCGCCUUCACAGCAGGCCCCGAAUACACAAAAACGUCAACAACCACAACAACCACAACAACCACAACCUCCCGGUAGGUCAUCCAUGGAAGAGUGGAAGGCGAGAGAGAGGGCCAAAAUGAAGGCUGAAGCAAGAUCACCCGAAACUCUACCAUUCGACAAUGCCUUUCCAGUAUUCGGCGACAACAAGAAAGACGAGAGACCUGACUCAAAGCAAUCGGAAAGAAGAAAUGGCCAAGGGAGUCGAGAUCAAGAGCGGAGGCCGAUGGCUUUGGAAGGUCAGCGAUCAUAUGGCUCCGGAGAGAAUGGCUACCAGAAUCCUGCUUCAAGGCCUGACAUGGAACGCCGUGACGUGUAUCCUGAGCCACCCCAAAAUGGACGCCAUGAGAUGUCUGCGCCGCAGCAUAGCCAGCAGGGCAGGCCUGCUUACCCCCAAGCCCCGCCACCAAAUCAGGUAGGCAGUCCCAUCGAUCAGCACUUCGACUUUGGCCUUGGACAAGACGCGCCACGUCAGGCAAAUGGCUACCACCAGAAUCACUAUCCGCAACCAUCCUCAAACCAGCAAGGUUAUGCUCCAGCUGAACCAGGUCAGCGGGCAAUGCCACAGUCACGCGGACCUGGCUCAGUUCCGCCCAUUGACACGAGUCGAGCCCAGCAUCACCAGAACCCAGUCUAUAACAACCACCAGCCACUCAGUCCUGCGCAUGUACCACCACGUCCAUCCACGUCUCACGGCGCACGCCCUCAAGGCGGACACCAAGCUACAGUGCCGUUGGCACAGCUGCAAAAUGGGACACUUCAUGACGAUUAUGCAAGUCUGCCAUCGAAACCCUUUGCACGAGUGGAGAACAGCAGACCUGCUAGCCUUGGUGAUAUAUAUGAUGACUAUGGUGCUGAACCUGCACCUCCGCCCAAGCCUCUGCAGCGAAGGCCCACGAACCGUGAAGAGGAGAUCGAGGCGGAUAUGCCCGACUUUGACAAUGUGGCCCCAGCACGGACAUCACAUCUGGGAAAGCUCUUGCCGGCGAACGGUCCCUCAACGUCGCCACUACCACCAGCCGUCACACCAGCAGGUCACCCGGGCUUGCCGCAAUCUUCCUCAAUGCCAGACGUGCGAUAUGAGCAGUCGGCGCAGCCGUACCCGCCUAGUGAUCGAAGAUUGCCACCUGCGGAGAGGGGGCCACCAAGGCAUGAUGGCUAUCAUGGUGGGGCGUCUUCAGUUCCACCUCAAGGUUAUGCGCAACGACCGCCUCCAGGUGCGCAAGAUCCUCGCCUACGGCAAGGCCCUGCCAACAAUAUGCAGCCCCCUCGAGCGCCUUUCGCGCACGAGCCGCAGGUCAGACGGUCUCUAGAUGACGGCAGACCUCUACCAUACAGGAAUGGGCCUCCGCCUCCGCAACGUUUUGAUGCACAGGGACGGCCGUUGGCGCCACGAGGCCCACCGCAUGGCAUGCGAGGCGGGCCGAAUGGAAUGCAUCCACGAGGAGGGCCUAACGGCAUGCCAAUGGGCAGAGGCUUUCCAGGCCGACCUGAUCUGGAUCGUCAAGGUACUACUUGGUCGGAUCCGGGCAGGACAGGAAGCGCCCCGCCUUCGCAAGGGCCACCACCCAAUGGCAUGGGAGCACCACUUAGUCAGCAGCGAUCUGCGCCCGAUCGGAAUCCUCCUCCUCACAAUCCAGAUGCUCUUCCUUUUCAUCCUGUACCGGUUCGCCCAGGACUGCUGGACCGGGGCGGUGACCCCCCGCCGUCUCAACCGCCACCUAAUCGCAACUAUAAUGGAUCACACUCGUCUCCUCCUGGUCAGGUGGCAAACGGUGAUGCGUCUCAUCAGCGGCAGGUUUCUACAGAUCCAUUCGCGCAGCCAGUCACCCAUGCUGAGCUCGAGCGCCUGCGUGCUGCGGUUGACAACGCUCCAAGUAACAUGAACUUGGCAUUGGUGCUUGUCAAGAAGUUAGUCGAGGCGUCUAACGUCCUUGCGACUGAAGGCGGGCGUGCUGACCCUCGGACGACGAGCAAGAAUCGUGAAAAGUUCGUUAUGGAAGCUCAUAAGCGUCUCAAGAGGCUCGUGGGUGGAGGCUUUCCAGAAGCACAGUUCUACCUGGCAGAUUGCUACGGUUCAGGGGCACUUGGUCUUGAAAUUGACCCCAAAGAAGCCUUCAAGCUAUAUCAAGCAGCUGCCAAAGAGAAUCAUGCCGAAUCUGCUUACAGAACAGCCGUUUGUUGCGAAAUGGGAGCCGAGGAAGGCGGCGGCACCAGCCGUGAUUAUGCCAAAGCUGUACAAUGGUAUCGUCGUGCUGCUACCCUUGGUGAUGGUCCUGGCAUGUACAAGCUCGGCGCUAUUCUUCUGAAAGGUCUACUCGGCCAACAACGCAACGUCGUCGAAGCUGUCAUUUGGCUGAAACGUGGCGCUGAAAAGGCGGAUGCUGAUAACCCACAUGCCUUGCAUGAACUGGCCCAAAUCUAUGAGAGUGAGAACACAAAUCCCGAAAUCCGGAGCAAAGUCGUCGCAGACGACUCUUAUGCUCGUCAACUUUUCGAAAAAGCAGCCGGCUUGGGCUACAAGCAUAGUCAAUUUCGCCUUGGCCAAGCAUGGGAAUAUGGAUCGUUGGGCUGCGGCAUUGAUAACCGUACAAGUAUAGCAUACUAUACCAAGGCUGCAGCACAAGGUGAACAUGGGGCUGAAUUGGCACUUUCUGGCUGGUAUUUGACUGGUGCGCCGGGAAUUCUCGAAAAUAGUGAUACCGAGGCUUAUCUUUGGGCGAGAAAAGCUGCUAGCUCGGAGCCUCCUCUCCCAAAGGCUAUGUUUGCCAUGGGUUACUUUACGGAGAAUGGGAUAGGAUGUCCGCAGAGUAUGGAGGAGGCGAGAAAGUGGUAUUCGAGAUCCGCUUCAUAUAAAUUCCCCAAGGCGAUCGAGCGGCUUGAAGAACUGAAGAGAAACGGUGGGAAGAAGGAGAAAGCUAUGCCGCAGAAUGGCAAGUUGAGCCGGAAAGACCAAAAGAAAGACGAGGAGAAUUGUGUCGUGAUGUGAUCCAUCCAGAGCACAUAAUUUCGGUGCCGCUUCCACGUACGUCUUACAGCAGUAUAUGUGAAGCGUUAUUGCUGUUGGAACAGGUGUAGACGAUAGAAAUGAUGCUGCAAAGAGAAAGUACAUACCUGGCAGACCAAGCCUUCUUGGGCGGCUGGACUUGAUGGGAGUGGGAUUCUGCAUAACGGAAGAUGCGCUUCAGAGAGCACGAGCAAAAAGGUAUACCUGUAUCCUUGGAUAUAAGAGCUUUCAACGGCCGAGAGACCGUUUGUACCUUGACCUGCACUCGUUAUGUCUUGGCAUGCGCUCUAAAUGAAUGCGUGGGACCUCGGAACGAGUGCAUCAGCGGCUGUCCAUUUUCGCGUCUAUCUCGCGUCCGACGCGUUUCUCCGAGACGCAUCAUCAUCACCAUCACCACUCAUUCACCAUUCCACAGUCAAAC